CGUUUUAUCGUUUGUGAAAUAAGCGGCGUUCUCUGAAAGGAUUACCCGUUGAGUUUGAAAGCGGCGUGUAAAGUUUUCACAGGUAUUGUUUUUGGUCGGAACGAGAAGUUGCGCUAUGUGACUCAGGCACUCGCAGGUGUGCAUUUGGAAAAGCUACCAGACUUAAUGUGGGGGCUGUCUCGAUCAUUGUAAAAAUAUUUAGUUGGGAAGACAUCACGAGAGACGAAUUUACCGCAAAAGUCGAUAAAGUUAACGAAGAAAAAGAAGGCGUCGUCAUCACUUCCCGGGUUCGUUCACUUCAAAUUGCGAGGAAAAAACUUUCACCUGUCAAAUUUGAAAAGCUUGUUCGGAGUUCUAGGAAAAACAAUUUGGAAAUCGCACCGUCCAGGUCAAGGGAGAUGGCUGUAAGUACUAAAACAACGCUCCCUAUGGUUGAGUACUCAAAGUUCUCGGAAAGGUUUCAAGCUUCGUUCUUGAUUAUCGUGAUUGCAGCUGCGUUAUUUGGUAACGGCUUCGUAUGCAUGGCUGUUUACUGGGUACGACGAUUGCAAGAUCUCAAACUUUUUCUUAUAUCCUUGGCCGUGUCCGAUAUUUUAGUUGUGAUAUUCUCCGCGCCGUUUCGUGUUUACUUUGCGUUCAACGUCAAUUGGGAUCUCGGGGAACACACUUGCAAAUUUUGGAUAUUUAUAGAUCUAUUGUGUAACACGGCAUCAAUCAUCAACCUGUCCCUCAUCUCCGCCGAUCGUUACCUCGCGUUGUCGCGGACUUUACGUUAUGCUACGAUCGUGACUUUCUCGCGUUGUUGCAAAGCAAUCCUGGCAGUUUGGUUGUACGCAUUCACGAUUGCAGUCUUGUCGUUCUUCACGUGGUCUUCGGACGGAAACUUUGUAUCGCAUCCUCAGUGUGCGAAACAGGACAAACUUUUUUACGCUUUUUCUCUUAUAUCAGGCAUUCUUGUGCCCAUGGUAAUACUAAUUGUCUUGUACUGCUUGGUGUUUAAAAUCGCCGUGAAACAACAACGCAAGAUAAUUCAAAAUCACAGCAAACCGCUUAUAGCCACAGUCGAAACGAAAGGGUCGAGAUCCGAAGCAAAGACUAGGCGCUUUACAAUUCGCGAGCUCAAAGCCACGAAAACUUUAAUAAUCGUUGUGGGAGCAUUUCUGAUCUGCUGGCUACCGAUUGUCGUUAUAAUGGUUAUGCAACAGUAUGCCAACAGUUAUGUUGAUACUCUGCCAAAGAAAACACAGGAGAUCCUUGGUUUGCUGUUUCUCUAUACUCUACCCUAUUUAAACUCGUGUCUAAAUCCUUACAUAUACACAUUUCAUAACGCCGAGUUUAGAGCGGUCUUCACGGAGACGUUUAGUAAACUUCUCCCCGCGUUCAAAUGUCUUUCGAGAAAAGAUGACGGAGACGAGCUGAAAGCUGUCGACACUGACGAAACUUGUUGAGUAUUGUCACAUAACGAGUGGCAAAGGGGUUUUUUUAAGGACGAGUUCCAAUUAUACGUUCAUUAAUGUGCGUGCGUAUGGUGUGAUAUUUGAUUCGUUGAUUAGAUAAAAAUGAAAAAAAAACUCGAAACGUUCCGUUUCCGACUACAUUAUACAACUUUGUACUAAUAAACGUAACAAUGCAGGGGGCGACUGUAUUUAGAUUUUUAUAAACUAAUCAUACUUAGUCAUAGUCACUUUGUAAGCUUCUUGCAUCAUUAUUGCUUCAUUAAAAUGUAAUCAUUGUUA